GUAAAAAAGUAAAAAGUUUCUUGUAAAUCUUUACAGCAAGUUAACAGCGAAAAAGUUUAUAAAAUGUAUAUAUAGAAUAAUACACAGAAAAUAUAUACAUGGUCUCCAUUGUAAUGGACGCAAGAUCUAAACAGGUUAAUUACUUUAUAUAUUGCUGUCUUGCUGUGAGACAGGUAUCUCUGUGGGUAUCUCUGUCAGCCACACUAAUGAGGGAGUGGACGGAUCAUGAUAUGGGCGUGGCGCCUGGAGGUUACCUGUCAGGUGUAGACGCCUACGGCAUUUCAGAACCUCUGCAGUAUUACGAUGUUCUGGUGGACCCGCUGGGGUACCCGUAUCAGGACCCGGACCUGCAGUGUUUUUCCUACGGGCAGCAGCACUACAGCCCCCCCAACGUCCAGCUCUCCAUGUACACACCCCCCGGCUCUCAGCCCUGUAACCCCCCCUACCCCUAUAGCCCGCAGUGCCCCGAGCCCCCCUGUGAAGCAGAUAUGGAUCUCCACGCUCAGGUCCGAGGCGGUGUGGGCGUGACGCCCCUCAUGAAGCGGCCCCGGCUGGGCCCCGGGGCCCGAGUGAAGGGUCAGGAUGAGCUGUGUGUGGUAUGUGGAGACAGAGCUUCAGGAUAUCACUACAACGCUCUGACCUGUGAAGGCUGCAAAGGUUUCUUCAGACGCAGUGUAACGAAGAAGGCCGUGUACCGCUGUAAGAGCGGCGGCGGCUGCGAGAUGGACAUGUACAUGCGCCGCAAGUGCCAGGACUGCCGGCUGCGCAAAUGCAGAGCUGUGGGGAUGCUCGCCGAGUGUCUGCUGACGGAGGUGCAGUGUCAGUCGAAGCGAUUGAGGAAGGGAGCCAAGCACCGAGGAGACUCGCUCUCUCGUCUGACUGCUGAGGACGAGGAGAACUCAGAGAGCAGGAACGUCUCGUCUACCAGCAGACUGCCUCCAACAACACGGGUUUCUUUGGGUCUUUCCAGAGAGCAGAAAUGUGUUCUGAACAGAAUCGUGGAAGCGUAUCGGAGAUACCGAGCUCACGACAGCCUACACUUCAGGGUUCCUCAGUGGUCAGGACUGGAUGACGGUGGAGAUCGUCUGGCUGAUCUGACGCCUUUCCAGACAGAAAAGCUCCUGCAGUUCUCUAAGAGCGUACCAGGCUUUGAGCUCCUGGACGAUGCUGAUCAAAGCAUUCUCCUGUCCUGCUCCUCCAUGGAGGUCAUGUUCCUGCUCUCGGCUCAACAGUUUGCCGAGAAUCCGUCCGCCUUCAGCGCAGCUCUGUAUCCUGGAAGUUUAUCGUCUGUAUCUCCUCACUGCUGGAUGAAAACUUCACAGUCUAAAAACAACAACAACAACAACAGCGGCCAUGAGGUCAUACUAAACUCAGCAGGGUUGAGUGAGGAGCUCCUGGGACCAGUGCUAAAUUUCUUCCACAGUAUGGCCGCCAUCGCUGUGACUGAGGCUGAAUACGCUCUUCUCACUGCUACUGCCGUGCUCUGCUCAGACAGGCCCUCUCUUCGAGCGGUACGGUGUGUGGAGAACCUGCAGGAGUUUGUUCUGGAUCUUCUCUCUAAGGUCUGCAGGAACGGCGAUGGUGCCGCUGUGGGUCCGUGCCGCUUCGCCCGGCUGCUGGGCCGACUCACCGAGCUCAGGACGCUCCGCCACAACCACCUCACGCUCCUACCACAGCAACCCUGGGACCUGCAGCACUGAGAGACGCCCCUAGACCACAGAGAACAGAGAGCAGAGAGAGGACUGGGUCAUCUGGAAGGACUGAUCUCACCUCCAGUGUUCAUAAAACAUAACAGAGUAGGAUUACUGUGCUGUGUGCUGACUGUAUACUGAAAUUAAUUCAGUGUUUUUUUUUUAUUAUUAUAGUGAGAAAUAAAAGAAAGUUAAGGUUUAAGGUUUAGGAUUAGCCGGUUUAUCAGCAGGCUUCACUUUGUUUAGAAUGACCAAGUUAAAACAGCUUUACUGAGCUGAUCUACUGUUUAAAAGCUGAUAUAAGUAAGAUUUAAGGCCCUCUCUGGUGAGAAUGGGUAAUUGCACUGAGAAUCAUGCGGAAGAAUCAUUUGAAUCUGAAACUGGGCGGGUGUGGUGCCGCCUCCUUUCAGAGAGGAUGAAUCCGAUUCCAGGUUAUGUUCAGUCAGAGAGAGAGAGAGAGAAAGCUCAGUCAGAAACUUUACUCUUUCAUUUCUUUGGUUUUACAAUGAGUGAAUGAGCUGCUGAGCUCUGAGUUCCCUCUUCUGAAGUCCCCAAUACUCCACCAGCCGCUCACUUUUUGUUAAACUGAGCCGGAUAUUCUUUUAAAGGCUGUACGUGUGACGUAAGCACGUAAAGACAGACCUGUGACGGGCCAGAAGAAGAACUUUUGCGAAAAGCGCCCCAGUUUUUAGAAUGAAUACUGUAUAUUACGCUUAGCAGGGAUGGUCGUAUUAGAACACUGGUACACUGGUACAGGUAAAUUUGACAAUAUUUUAUCCAUAUUCUUCUCCACUCAGAAAUGCUUCUGCUUUCAGUUUAGAAACUAAAUAAUACAAACUACGAGUACGAAUAAGAGUGAAGAGCAAACAGCUGGUCUAAAGUACAUUCUCAGGUCGAGGCUGUUUGCUUUUGCUGUUUUUUUUGCAGCUAUAGCUGCACAGCUGCACCAAGAGAUGUGUACGAUGGGUACGAGAGAGAAGCACAUAGCGCUAAUGCUAAUGCGUAAAAGCAAUAAAAAAAAAACGCAUGAAUUCAGAUUUGACCGUUCACAUUCAUGUCGCAUGUCAAUGGAUCGGAUACAUAUUUCUCAAGCCAUGAAAAAAUCAGAUCUGAGCUACAUUGAGCAAAAAAAAAAUCAGAUUUGAGUCACUUUCAGUCAGCCUGAUAAUGUGAACGUAGCCUCCAGUCCACAGACUGAGCUACAAAACCUUAAGUAAGAAGCUAAGGGAGAAUCUACGAAUAUAAUCCACUAGAAUUACAUAUAUAGAUAAACGUCUAUCACCUUUAUGAACUUUUCUAAGACAGUCUGAGACAGUCUGUUUGAUCGCUUAAUUCCCAUUAAACAGCAAAACUAGGCAAUAAUGCCACUUAGUGGACAAAAAAAAAAAAAAAAACAGACCAAGAACGCUUCUUAAUAACUGGGAUUUUUACAAGACUUCUCAUUCCUACAAAUUAUACACUAUGUCGUAUAAUAAUAACCUGUUUACAUACCAUAUAGUAUUACUGUUUUAUAUACAGUUGGUCCACAGCAGCUAGUUAUAAAGCCUGACCCCAGAUCAGAUCUCCUACUCUAAAAUGCUCUAUGAACACUGGAGUGCUGUGUUACAAAACGGCAACUUGUUUUUGAUAAUGCAAUAACCUGAUUCAGUGUACUGUACUCUUGUACUUAUUUUUUUUCUCAUUGUAUCUUUUAGAAAGUAUAUGCAAUACUUUACACGCAAGUCAAAUCAAUGUCUAAAGGUCUAAUGAACAAAAAAACAUAUGCAGUAAAUAAAAAUCUAUGUUUCUAAA